GACACAAUGGCACCCCCCCUGCCUGCCCUAUAUAACUUGGCUCCUAGCCGCUCAACCAAACGCAUCAAAGCUCAUCUCCUUCCCUGUUCCCAUCUCCUCCUCCUCCUCUCGGGCAUCCAUCCAUUCUCCAAGCUUGUUUGAGGUGCCAUGAGCCGGGGCAACGGCGGCAGCGGCGUGAGGAGCACUCGGCUGGAGCUGCAGCUGAACCUGUCCCCACCGGUGGGGAUGGAGGUGGACGGCGGCGGCGUGCAAGACGACAGCGACUCGUCGUCGCCGAGCUCGUGCGUGUCGUCGGACGGGCGGAGCUCGAGCGGCGGCGGCAGCCCCGGGGGCAAGUCGCCGAUGGUGAUCGGCGCCUGCACGCGGUGCCUCAUGUACUGCAUGGUGGCCAAGAAGGAUUACCCGACCUGCAUCAACUGCAAGCAGCCGUGCCUGGUGGACCUCCUCCACGGCGAGGCCGGUGGCCGUGGCGGUGGCGGUGGUGCCAGCGAGGCCGCCGCCGGCGACAAGAAGCAGCAGCAGCAGCGCGGCAAGCGCAAGUGAAGCCACGCGGCGGUGUACCGUGCAUGUGCCCGCGCGCCCAGUGGAUGCUCAUACGGAGGGUCAGCUGCUCUAGCUCGAACUGAACUGACUGCCGUUGGAUCAUCCACUGGACAGCAGGGUGUCCCCUUCCUUCCUUCCUUCCUUCCUCAUUAGGAGGAGGCUAGUACUACGUAGUAGUAGCAGCAGCAGCUUAGUUAACUUCGCUUGAUGCUGCUGCAGUUGGAGUAGGUAGUUGUUUUCAUUAUGUGUGGUGGAGACUUGUGGUUGUGGUGGUGUUUCCGGUUGUAAUCCUCUGAAGAAACAUUUGCAAGCUAAGGGAAUCAACUCUUUAAUUAUCUCUC